GAUUUUACAACGUGUUUCUAAGUAAGAUGGUCACCUUGGUUCAAGGUGCUUUUUGACACAUAUAUAUUGCAGGUGUUGUACAUUGUAUUUCAUCUGAAAUUUAAAAAAAAAAAUAUUUUUAAACGUUUUGGCAAAUAUAAAAUCCGUUCGAUCUUUUAAUUUGCAGAUCAAUGACCGAAAUGUAUGUUGACAUUACAAGGUGUCUUAUAAAUACUUAAUGUAAUGUUCUAGAAUUUGGUUUUAGUUUCAGUUUCAAAUUAAAUAUUAAUCCAUCAACUAUCCUAAUAUUUUUUUAUCCAUACUUGUAUCUAUAGGUAUCGCUAAAUUAAACAGUAGACUUAUUUUUAUUUCUUAAUAAUUUUAGAUUUUGAAUAUCUAAAUUAAGUGAAACGCAUGCAAAUAGACUAAAUAGACCAAAAUGAAGUGAAUCCAACAAAUAAACUCUUAAAUGUAUGUUAGAUAUAAUGAUUUAAAUUGAGUCUAUACAGACGUUUAAUUUUUCAAUUAAAAUGUGCAUCUAUUUUCUUUAUAUUAUUGAUUUUUUAAUAAUGCAAGAAUGCAUUGUCUCAAAAAUAUUAAUACAAUUGUGUUUGCAAUAUCCUAUAAAACGUGUGAUUUGAAAAGAAAAGAAAAUUCUAAAACUAAUGAUUAACUUUCUGUAAUUGACAUUCUGUUUACCAUGAUGUUUUCUAAGUCAAACAUUCCUCUUCAACACCCAAACAAAUAUAAUUUAUACCUUAAACAAGAGUAUUUUUUAAAAAAAAUAUAAGAUUGUGUUUUUUGGUUUGUUAGUGUAUUUAUACGUUUGAUUGGAGAUGUAUUUUAGAAUAUCUUGGCUACAAUCAUCAUAAUUAACGUUUAAUUUUCAUAAUUGUCAAUUAUAUAUAUAUAUAUUAAUAUAUAUAUAUAUAUAUAUAUAUAUAUAUAUAUAUAUAUAAUAAAAUAGAGAGAAAGACACAAACACAGAGAUAUAUAGACAUAAUAAAACAACAUAUUGAUAUACACAAGAGAGAGAAAGGUGUGUGGAGUUCACACGUGUGCUCUUUCUAUCUCAAAUAUAUAUAUAUAUAUAAAUAUAUAUAUAUAUAUAUAUAUAUAUAUAUAUAUAUAGUUAAUCAAAUGGCCAGCAAGACACAAGUUCAGAGAUUUAUAGACAUAAUAAAUCAACAUUUUGAUAUACUCAAGAGAGAGAAGAAAACUGUGCUGGAAGCAGUAGAUGAUGCUAUCAAUCAGGUAAUUGGUUAUUGGAAUACGCUGUUUUUAAAUAUUGAAAGUUAAUUUAUUACAGCGCACAUUAAAUAUUAGACAUCAAACAUUAACAAAAAAUAUAUAAAUUUAGUUAUCAUUUUGUAUCUAAUGUGUAGGUACACAUUGAAGUGGAUGCCUGGGUUAAUGGAGGACUUGUUAAUCAAACAACGUGUGCCCAGAUGAACAACAGGAUUACGCAAGUUAUAAAUCUGAUUAUGACUAAGUCUAUUGAAAUUUCUGGUAAUUUACAAAACGACUUAAUGUCCAAAGCUUAUAUGUUGAAUAUUGUAUGUAUUAAUUGAUAAUUGAAUAAGCAUUAAUGUACUUAACUUUCAUCUUUUUAAAUUGUAAAAUGUUAUAUAAUCAAUUUUAAAACAUUGCUAAGAAUUAAAAUGAUAUGGAUGUAAAAUGAAAAAAAGUUUAAUUAUGAAUUCCAUUAAAAUGUUUAUAAUUUUAUUAAUAUAUUUAAGAAUUAUAAAAAUCUCUAUCGCAUAACUAUACUUUCAACAUAUUCAGACCUACAAAUUAAAGAAAAUGAAAGUGAUCUAAACCAAGCACCUUCUGCAAAUAGCAAUAUUUCAAUAAUUCCUAAAACCAGUUACACAAAGGAAGAAGUCAAUGAGAGAGCGAUGUUUGGAAGAGAGGAAACACAAAGGACAUCAGGUGAAACAUUUUGUUAAAAAUUGUCUUUACUUAAUAAUUGUGUUCAUUUGUUUACAUUUAAAUGUAUUUAAUUCAACGGGCUUUUCAGCAAUUAUAUGUUUAACUCUGAGUAUUUGAUUUUGCAGUAAAUGGCGAAGAUAAUAUAAAGAAUUUCAAGAGAAAUCAUUGUCUGACGCAUUUUUACACUUUAAAGUCAUCUGUGAGUCUACCUUUGUCUUCAACCCUGCUUGUUAUUUCUUCUUAAGGCUCUGAAUGAUACUGUCAAAAUUCCCUGGUUUUCUAUAAAUUCCAAUACCUUUCCACAAGUAUUUGCGGUCCAGGCUAUCAAAUGCCUUUUCGAAGUAGAAGAAAUUGAGAUGUAGGGUUUACUGCCAUUCGAUGGACUGUGCUAAAAUGAUUCGUAGUGUUGUAAUUUGAUCUGUUCUUGGGCUGUUUCGGCAGAAACUAAUCUAUUAAUCUCAUAGGUGAAUAUGGACCUGGUCCUUCAUUAUUUUUAGAAUAAUGAGAUGACAAAAUUCUCAGAGCAGUGUAAUUCCUCCGUAGUUUUCCCAAUUGCUAAGAUCCUGUUUCUUUGGUAUCCCGACAAGUUAUAAGUAUUUACAACCUGUUACAACUCCUUCUUGUUCCAAUUUCUUUUCAAAUAUAAAUUGUAGCAUGCUGACUAUUAAAUAUAUUUUUUCUCUCAUCAUCUCUGCUGUGAUGUUUUACGGUCUGGGCUCCUUCCUAAAUAUAAGAUGUUUGAUAACCAGGGAUAUAACUUCCUUAUUUGGGGGAGUGUCUUCUUUUAAAACAAAAUUGUUAUGUGCUACUUGUAUAACUGGUGUGUCUUUGGGUGGAGUUCUGCUUAAUAAUUUCUUAUAAUACUCCACCCAUAUUUGUUCUUGUUUUUUCCUUUCACUUACUGAUUUACCUACCUUGCCUUUAACCAGUCUCUUUUGCUUCUUAAAUCUUCCUGGGAGCUUUCUUGUUAUAUACUAAAAUUCUUUCAUGUUCCUCUGUCUGGUUGCUUCUUCUGCUGUUGACGCUAUACCAUAAUAUGAUAGCUCUUUUAUCCUUCUAAAAUUUUCUCUCUACCCAACCAUUGGCUUCUUUAAAUUUCUCCUUUGCUUUUGUUCUCUCUGCUGUGGUGCGUCUGUUGUUUACUGCACACUUCAUGUCUUUCCUCUCAUUCACUUUCCGCACGGCGAUGAGUCAGAGCCAAUCUUUGUGUUUUUUCCUUCUCUGGUCCGAAUAACUCGUUGCACGUUAAUGUUACAUGUUACGGACAUCUUUAUGAUUUGCGGUUGAAGCUCUUUCUGGUCAUCAUCUUUUUGGUUGUGCAGUAAAUAAAGCUUCUUUUUCAUUUUAACUCUUGAUUUUUAUCAUGUUUGCCAGUAGUGCCAUUUUUGUAUUUUAGUCUUCUAGCAGUUGUCUCUUCUCAGUUUUUCUUGAGUUUUAGCAUAAGUCUUGCCAAAACUAGAGUUUUAUCAAACAUAACAUCAGCUUCACUUUUGAGAAGUCUUCGGAUCUUUUUGCUUUGCUUAUGUGACCAAUUUUUUUUAUGUGCUGUAUUCUGUGAAUAAUCCCAUGCUGUGAUUGGCAGCCACAUAUAAAAAACGCAGAAGACUGUUAGUCUUUUGACGUCUUUAAUUCACGUUUUUAACAAAAUUGCGCCCAUUUAUUUCUUCAUUCCUAUUUUUUUUCUUUCCCGGUCUUAGCAUUUAGACGUCUCAUUAUGACAACAAAAUCUCUACCUGAAAAUUUGUUCUGUAUUUCUUGUACUUUAAUGUAAACUUGAUAUGCCUUAAUAUCGUUAUUAUAUGCAAAGCAUUGUAUUACAUUUAUAUUUCUUUUCUUUUGCUUGGUUCAGAAGUUGUUGUAAUAAUUCUCGAACAUGGUAUUUGAAUUAUAUCAAUCUUCUUAAUGUCAAUAAAGAAACGAAGAAAAUGGGUUAACAAGAGACGGUGUUAUGGAGGAAUAAUUUCAAAUUUGUAUUCCAAUCUCAAUAAGAAAUCAUCAAUAUAAGAACAUUUAUGAGACUUAUAAUUAAUUUCACACCUUUGAAUACUAUUGUUAAAAGUAAAUUCAAUACAUUUUGUGGUCUAUUUACAUACAGGUAUAGAUACGUCUUGUAUUACUACUGCUAGAUUUGUUAUACUAGAGGAAGCUGUACUCUCACUUAAAAAGGCAACAGAACAUAUUCAAGAAAAACAAGAAAAUGUCAACAAAAAACUGGAAAUAUUAAUAAAUGCAAAUUUAAAAUCAAAGAAAAAAAAUCAAGAAAGAAUUACUGUACUUGAGAAAAGAAACAAAGAAAUUUCCUUAAAUGUUGAUGAUUUGUUUGAAACUACAAAAAAUUUAGAUGACAAGUUAAAGAGAUUAGAAGAUGAAAAUAAGCCUGUCAAUGUCUCAAUGAAUGAACUCAAUAAAGAGAUCAGCUCUGUUAGAACUUGUAGCAAUGACGCCCUUAUGUCUAUACAAGACGUGUCAAAGAGCGUCGAGAGUACAAAUCAACAUUAUAAUGAAAUGUCUGAUAAAAUGAAUCAACUGGAAAUCUCCAUUAAUCUCAUGUCAACUCAGUACACAGAGAAGAUUGAUAAUAUGGAACGCUUAAAUAAAGAUAAAGUUGAUGAUUUGGUAAGAUUUUUCCCCAUCAGUGUCUUUUAUAACAAAAAUCCUAACAAUCCAAUAUAUUUUAUGCGAUUUAACUAAGAGGAAUACAUAAUACAAAAUCAAAGGCUAAAAAUCAAAGAAAGUAAAGCAUGUUUAAUAUACAAUUUUUUUAUAAGAUUAAAGUAACGAUAAAUGGGGGGAAAUCUAUCAAAACAGGAUGAAAAAAAAGAAUUAAAAGAACAAUUUUUUGUAACUUUUUUUUUUUUUGUGUGGCACACGUAGAGUUAUAAAAUGUCUGAUUUCAGUAACUUUUUUUCUAAACGUUUUAGACACCUUACAUUUCUUUACCUCUGUACAUUUUCAAGUUCGAUUAUGUACAAUAAACUUCGGAACAAUAAAAUCUACUUCAUUUCGCUGGAUAAGCAGUAGGCCUAUAUUUGUUUUUAAAAAUUCCGACCAGUCACUGUAGUAAAAUUUUAUUUUCAUAAAAUUUAUAAGAAAAAUGGUUUUUAUAUGCUCUUCAAAAUUUAAAAAUCAUAGUAGGUUACAUUUGGUAAAAUAGAACAGUAGAUUGUCAAAUUUCUUAAUGCUGACUUUCCGAAACUUCGGAUAUACGAAAAACCGUUUUAAUUAUUUUUACUUAUAGCUAUACACCUGUUUUUUAUGUUAAAGAAGAAAUAUCGUGUUACUUUGUUAAAUUGAUAAAAGAAAAAUAAACUUCUUUUUCAAAGUAAAUAGCCUGUUAGAUUUGUAAUUGCAUGCCUUCCGAGGAGGGAUAAGUUAAUUAUUUCCCAUUUUUCAGCACAAAAUAUUUUAAAAAAAAAAUUUUCUUUUGUGAAAUUUGGAGGUUUUAUUCAUUGUUAAUAAAAGUUUGUUAUGCAGAUUAAUAUUAUAAUUAUAAUAAAUUUAAUUUAAGUCCAUUUAACAUCCACUAUUUAUUUAGAUCUGAUAAUAUUUGCCUUGUGCAUAGAUUGGUAUGGUUUGUCAACUGCUGUCUAAACGACUUGCUCCACUGGAAACAUUAAAUGAGACUCUAAACAAGAAGGUCAUCUUGAGCAAAGAACAUAUUUCCAAGGUAUGAAUGUACUUGUAACUAGCUUUACUACCUUGUGAAUCGUGGGUUAUUACGUAUAUGUUAUGUCUUUAGUUAAGCUGUUUUUGUUUUGCAAUAUCUUCUUUCCUACAGUUCUGAAAAUCAAAAUUACAAAUAUGCUGUAAACCAUUUCAAUAUUAAAAAAUAUAUUAAAAAAUUCAUCUUGUGUGUGUUUUUUUUUUACAUCAAAUACUAAGAAAGUCAAAUUUGAAAUAGCGUUGAAUGUUUAGAAUACUCAAUUAUGCACCAUUUAAAAAUGUUUUUGUAUAAUGAUAUAUUAAGUGUAAGCAAUAAAAAAUUAUUAUAUUUUUAGAGUGAGCAGAAGCGUAUAUGUUACAAUUCAUUACACAAUUAACAGCACAUUAAGAAAUAAAAUGAAGAGAAGAUAUGAUUUUUGUUUAUCUUAAAUUUAAAAAUGAGAAUUAUGAAGGGGUUAAAAUCAUUUCGUGGCUGGAAUCUAUCUAUAGGUUUAUUAUUAUUAUUUUUUUAAGUGGUUUAGUAUAGCGUGGUAACCCAGCCUAGGGCUGGGCUCACCUCGCUGCACAUACAAAUUAACAAACAUAAUCAAGAACUUAAAAAAAUUAAUUAACAUACAUUCUUUAAAUUAAACAAAACAAAUGUAUAUUUAAAACUCUUUACUUGUCAAGCUAUUGACGACACCCAGCAGCAUCGUUUUUCAAUCACAGGGGGAAUCAGUCAGGAAAGUAGGCUAUAUUACAAUUGCAAACAAAAGGUUUAAGGCUUCAUAAAGGACCAAGUGUAUCUGCAAUUUAAACAACUAUUUGUAUCAUUUGUUAGAGUGUAACUUAAAAAAUUAAAAUUAAAUUUGAGAUAAGAUGAUGUUCUGAUUUUAAAUAAUUUAUAUCACAAUCCGUUUUGAUAAACAUUAAUUUAUUAAUGACUAGAUUUAAUUUUAGAGACGUAUUAGGGGAUGAAUGGUUUAUUACUUUAGGUAUUUCCACGGAAAAAUUUCUAAACGGGCAGUUAGGGAACAAGUAUGCCAAAACAAAGAAUUCACUGGUGAAUAUAAGUGUGUUUUUUGUUUGUUUCAUUAUAUUAUUUUUUGUUCAACGUGUAAACGUAUUGUGUUUGAUAGAAAAACCGAUUCAAUUAAAAUAAAUAGGCAGUAAUAAAAGGUACUUAAUGGUAGUGGGUUUAGAGUUUAUGUAGUUUGAUUACUCAUAGCAUGGAUGCUACACAUCUAAGAUCGAUCAACAUUCUUGACACAUUGCUAGGCAUAAAUUAAUUUCUUUCAGGAAAAAAACAAGUUUAAUAUUUUUAAGGACCUUAUUACCCGUUAAGCUUUAAUUGAUAACAUUUAAAUAAAUUAAAAUAAGAUUUUCUAAUAAAAGGCAAGAACAUUGCAACCUUGAUUAUUAGUAUUACUUUUAGAAAUGCUUUAGUCUUUUAAUGUGUUGAAACCUGUUUUGUUAAUAUGACAAUUCUCAGAAUUUAAUAAAUUUUACAUAAUUCAUGAAUUAGAUUAAAAUAAAUUAGAUCUAAACUUAAGAAAUUAAUAAGAAAACUUACCACAAAAAUUUCCAGAUGAAACUGUUACUGUAUGAAUGUAAAAGGAGGGUUUUCAUUUGCUUCUUUCUUUUUUUAGGUAGAAGCUAUUGAUACACAAUUGGCGGAAAUAUCUGGUAAAGUUACACUAAUUGGUAAGAUAGUUUGAUAAAUAUCGGUUGAAGUGGAGAUAUUAAAUACUUUAAAUCUAUCAACAAAUCUGUUAUCAAAAGCACUGGUUUCUUUCUUCAUUUAUGUUUCAUUCAGCAUAUUAAAAUAAUCAGUAUUUUUUUUAAAGCUUUUUUUCCCUUCAAUAAGCCGUUGUGUUAUCAAUAAAUCACAAUGCUUUAUUAAAUUGAGAUUAUGUCUAUAUGAUGACAUUAAAUAUACAUCAUUGACUUAAUUUUAUUCAGAAAAUUUAUAAACAACGCUAUGAAAAAAAGCCUAUAGCAUAUGAUAUCUAUAGAUUUUUUAAUUAAAUCAAAAUUUGCAAGUUUAUCUUAACGUAAAAUCAGUGUAAGUUAAUAUUACAAAUAAAAAGAAAACAAUACCAUGCACAAAUUACAUUUUGCACUUUAAUGCAUACAAUGAGGCUUCCACUGCACAUCUCACUAGAGCUAAUUUACUGAUUUGGAUUUAGUCCCUCACAUGUUUUCAUUUUUAUUUCUUCUACAGAACGUAAAUUCAACCAACCGACACUUCUAUUCAACGCCUUAAAAAUAGUAAGCAGCGAAAAAUGUACAAAUAUAGGCGGGUUUGACAUUGUUUUCACUAACAAUGGAGAUCACUUUGAUCCAUUGUCAAGAACAUUCACUGCUCCAUUAAGUUCAUUUUAUUUAAUAAGCAUUCAUGUAAUUAAAAGCACACGUGAAUCAUUCAAAAUUAGAUGCCUUCAAAAGUUCAUAGAUAUGCAAUUUAGAUGUGAAAGAACCCGUCAAAUCUGCUGUGUAUCUGAAAAGGGAUGUGUGACAUGUUUAGUUGAAUUAAAAGCGACACAAAAAAUAUUGCUGGAAUUGGAAUUUCUGGAGAACAAAACCAUUUGUCAAAUGGAGAUUCGGUUUUCAUGUUUUAUGAUCAAACAAUGAAGCCACUUAAAUGUCAAAGUUUGCCGCCGUGUAAUCAAAAUAAAAGUAAUUACCACUUUACACUCAUAUUUAAUGCAUCAGCCAUAUUUCUUUUAAUUUAUUGAUUAACGAUUUGCAGUAUUGCUCUCUGCUUGAUUUGUCAACGCUGUAUAUCUCUUUAUAGAAAAGAGAGAAAGGAUACCAAAUUUGGGAAUAUAUUUUUGGAAUUAAAGUAGAUCGAAAACAUAAAAAAAAACUGAAUUAACUGUCAAACUACAACAAUAGCAUAACCUACAUGAACCACCGGCGAACAUUUAGUGAGCUGUUCUGGAAAGUAUUUGCCACUUUUCUGUUCAGAUACUACAACGUUGAUGACUGGUUGUCCAAAGAGCUGAUUGGUUUAAAUAGCUUUAGAUUUUUAAAAAUAUUUUCUGGUUUAAUUAUUAGUACUGCACUUUUUUGUUAAAAACCUGUAGCUUCCAUUGCGUUCAAUUGACAUAAAUAAAUGUAAUUUCAAAAUUCUAUUAAUAGUAC